GGCUGCGAUUUUCUGGACAACGCCGAGGUCGAAACCGUCGCCGACCGACUCGAGGCGCCAUUCGUUCGGUGGGCCCGGCACCGCGUGCAGCACUGGUACGGCUGGUUCUGUGAGGCCUGCCAGAAAUGGAUCUCCUCCGGUGACCACCUCACGUCCAAGGCCUACAGAACAACGUCGGCCACUUGGGUGCCUUGGGCUACCUGGAAGUUCACUGCAGGCGGCUUCAUUUACCAAGGAGGGCGCUUCACCUACAACGGACCCGUCACGCAACACCCAGGCUGGACGGACGCUUUCCAGCAGACCGACGACGCCUGGGAGUACGAUUCCCGGGACCGGGACGCGGUCCUGGUCUGCUUCCCACCUGUGUGCGCCCCUCUUGAUUGGGUUAUGCCGCCCAGCACCCAAGUGAACAUCAAUGUCGUCAGGCCGUCCAACGACGGCAGCACGUUGGAGGACGCCUCCAGGCAGCAGGAGACGCAAGCCGCCAUCAGCCUGCAUGUUCCCUUCGGGACAGCCAGCCGCACUGGCGCCCUGGCCAAAGCGGCCGCUGCAGGCCCGCCGCCACAACCCCGCCCCAGCACCAGCGUUGCGCCGGGCCUGCUUGCCAGGUCUGGCGCGCCGACCGCCCCGCAGCCACCCUUGCACGCGCAGCCUGGACCCCUUCUGGCCAGCGAGUCCCGCGUGCCAGUGACACCGCCCAGGCGCCCUGCCUCAGGCGCCCCCGCCAGCUCCAGCGCCGACACGACCCUUGCCGACCGCCCCCUUGACGGCGGCGAAAGCGAGGGGGAUCCCAUCCAGGACCUGGCGGACGAUGAGAGCGUGCCUGCCACGGUGCGGGCAGCGCAGCACGUCGCCGACGCGCACCGUGACCUCUGGCACCGGGCGUCGAUUGGUCUGGCCAGAAAGCCCACAGGGCCCAUUCCAGGUGCCGUCCAGUUGGAUGGCAGAUGGCAUGCUGAGGUCCAGAGUAAGGGCAGGAACCUCUGGACAGCUGACGAGGCUAGCGACCUGGACCUCAUUGUUUCCCGGCGCUGCCCCGCUAUGGCCAGAGUUGCUGACGCCAAGCUCACAUGGCCCCCAGCCCCUGGAGCGCCCGCGCCGGACUCCCCCCGCGCGCGCUUCCCAGUGGACGUCAUGAUCGUGAGGUUCGGCGCCCGCAAAGGCAUCUUCCACCCGGCCAGUGCAACGCGCGAUAGGCCAGCAGUUGCGGCCCACCGCUGGUACAGGAUCGAUAAGGCCCCGUCGCAGGUGCAGCGCUACUGGGUGUGGGCGGCCAUUCAAGAGGCGUUCUCCCUGCACUUCUCGCCCCAGUCUCUCUGGGGCACUGCGCUGCCCCUCACUCCCUACGCCCUCGCCUUCCGCUCCGCAGGCUGGGCCGAAAAGGAGAAAGCCGACUCCAUCCCCAACAUGGCAGCUGCCGCUGGAGCGCUCCGGGCGCAGUCCAGCGUCGCCCUCGGGUACGACGAGCUCCGAGACCCCGACGGGGGCGCGACCGACCCGCUCGUGGCCCCAGUGCCCACGGAUGACGAGGUCGAGCAAUGUUCAGGCCGCGUGUUCCAACGCAUAUUACCUGGCCCUUCUUUGGAGCACAUCGAGGCCAUUGCCAUCAGUCACAGGCUCAACCCCAGCCAGACGCGUGCCCCUUUCGACUCCCUGUCCUCGAUCGUGCUGCUCAUGCGCGGCCCGCCAGGGACCAGGGAAACCGAGACCAUUGCGGCGCUCCUCGACGUCUGGAUCCCCGCGGUCCCACGCGGAGUUGCGAUAGGUUUGUUCUCGAGGCCAGACAGAGGGGCCGACUUGCCAGCCGCUUGCCUGGCCAGCGCCGCGCGCCAAGGACAGCUGAGCCCGGCCUCCGCGCCCCAGGAAGCUGUGAUUCGCGGCGCAGGCCUCAACUGGCGCCCGGCCACCCCGCUCUCUCCCCAGGACUUUGAGCAGGCCUGUGCCGCCCGCGGAUGCCCUACCAACAACCCGGCCAUCGGCGCUGGCAAGUGGCGCAACCCCGUCCAUGGCUCGCAGCGUGGCGACCGCCUGCGGGUACUGCUCGUCCACUCUGACUUCGCCGAGGUCUCAUGCAACCACGUGGAAGGCACGGCGAACGUCAGGGAGGCUGCAGUGGUGCGCGACCUGGUUGCCGCAGCUGCCCCUGACCUGAUCGCUCGCGACAAGAAGGUCCUCGUCAUCGCAGGCUGCCGUGCCAGCAUGGUGGCGCUGCGCCGCGGCCGCCCGCUCCGUCCAGGCGCCUUCCUCGAGGCAUAUCACGGCCCGCGCAAGGGCAAGUCCAUUGGCAAGGGGACAAGAGCCCAGGAUGGCCUCAUCGUCGCCACGAACGGCAAGAUGUGCAAGGCAGCCGGCGAGGCCCAGUUCAACGCGCUUGCCGGCUCGCUUAUAUUUCAUGCAAGCACGAAGAGGCCGCAGGCACCUUGCGCAGGCUUAAUGAGGACUGGCUUCGAGCUUAGGCAGGGCCUGCGCAGCUUGCGCGCAGUGUGCGGGGCCUGGCUGUCGCAGGUAGGGACGGCAGGCUGUCCCUACCUGCUGGCGCACGUAGAGCUCGUCGCACUGGAGGAAGACGUGGCCCUAGCACUGGUGCUGCUGGAGCUGCUGUCCACACCGGAACCGUGGGACACCAUGCCGGCCUAUGUAAGGCUGGGCCUGUCGAUCAAUCUUGUCAUGGCGGCCUGCAAGCUCGAUAUCAACCCCUUGAAGCACCGCGUCCCCAAGCUGCUGAAGCUGGUAGUGGACGUUGGCAGCCUCAAGAGAGGCUGGCUCAUAGUCGCCCCCGCUGGGUCCUGGGUGGACGGAGAGUGGGAGCGAGCAGACAGGCUGCUCGUCUCCUGA